GGGCCGGAGCCGAGCCCCCGCGCGGCCUCCCCUCCUCGCGGCCCGGCGGCCUCGCGCAGGGUCCCCGCCGUUGGCCCGGCAGGCGCGGCCGGGCGCUAACGCUCUUUCUCCCUUCAGCAGCAGGCCAGCUGUGUGUCAGGGUCGGGGGGUGCAGAGAGUCAGGACAGAAUGAGGGAUAGCCCGGCCCCCAGCUCGGCCUCCUCGUCAGUGACAGAUCUGUACUGCACCCCUCACAGCAGUAGGUCAGACUUCUUCCUGCCGGGCACGGCCGGGGACUUCAGCCUGAGCGCCAGCCUGUCGGCCUGUACGCUGCUUUAUGAGGGGGCCGUGGAGCCCAUGCAGAUUGAUGUGGACCCUCAGGAGGACCCGCAGAAUGCACCUGAUGUCAACUACGUUGUGGAGAACCCCACCCUGGAUCUGGAGCAGUACGCGGCCAGCUACAGCGGGCUUAUGCGCAUUGAACGGCUGCAGUUCAUUGCUGAUCACUGCCCCCCGCUGCGGGCAGAGGCCCUGAAGAUGGCCCUGUCCUUUGUGCAGAGGACCUUCAACGUGGACAUGUAUGAGGAGAUCCACCGGAAGCUCUCGGAGGCCACCAGGGAGCUGCAGAGUGCGCCUGACAGCGCCCCCGACAGUGGUGCGGAACCACCGCCCCUCGACACGGCCUGGGUGGAGGCCACGCGGAAGAAGGCCCUGCUGAAGCUGGAGAAGCUGGACACGGACCUCAAGAACUACAAGGGCAACUCCAUCAAGGAGAGUAUCAGGCGCGGCCACGACGACCUGGGUGACCACUAUCUUGACUGUGGGGACCUCAGCAAUGCCCUCAAGUGUUACUCCCGGGCCCGGGACUACUGCACCAGCGCCAAGCACGUCAUCAACAUGUGCCUCAACGUCAUCAAGGUCAGCGUCUACUUGCAGAACUGGUCUCACGUGCUGAGCUACGUCAGCAAGGCCGAGUCCACUCCUGAGAUCGCCGAGCAGCGUGGAGAGCGGGACAGCCAGACCCAGGCUAUCCUCACCAAGCUCAAGUGUGCCGCAGGCCUGGCCGAGUUGGCUGCUCGAAAGUACAAGCAGGCAGCCAAGUGCUUUUUGCUGGCUUCGUUCGAUCACUGUGAUUUCCCUGAGCUGCUUUCCCCCAGCAACGUGGCCGUUUAUGGCGGCCUGUGUGCCCUGGCCACCUUUGACCGCCAGGAGCUGCAGCGCAAUGUCAUUUCCAGCAGCUCUUUCAAGUUAUUCUUGGAGCUGGAGCCCCAGGUUCGGGACAUCAUCUUCAAAUUCUACGAGUCCAAGUAUGCCUCGUGCCUAAAGAUGCUGGAUGAGAUGAAGGACAAUCUGCUCUUGGACAUGUACCUGGCUCCCCACGUCAGGACCCUCUAUACUCAGAUCCGCAACCGUGCCCUCAUCCAGUACUUCAGCCCCUACGUGUCGGCUGACAUGCACAAGAUGGCCACAGCCUUCAACACCACAGUGGCGGCCCUGGAGGACGAGCUGACGCAGCUCAUCCUGGAGGGCCUCAUCAACGCCCGCAUCGACUCCCACAGCAAGAUCCUGUACGCCAGGGAUGUGGAUCAGCGCAGCACCACAUUUGAGAAGUCCCUGCUGAUGGGGAAGGAGUUCCAGCGGCGUGCCAAAGCCAUGAUCCUGCGGGCGGCGGUGCUGCGUAACCAGAUUCACGUCAAGUCCCCUCCCCGAGAAGGGAGCCAAGGCGAGCUGACGCCGGCCAACAGCCAGUCCCGGAUGAGCACCAACAUGUGAGGGCCCCCGCGGCCCCCAGGACGGUGUGUGCGCCUGCCGCCUCCCUCCUCCCCGGACUCGGACACGUGGGCCUCCUGGCGCUCUUUCGACACUUCUGGAGGUGCCACCUGUGACCCCCCCCCACUGUUCCCCCCCACCUGCUGGGGCUUCCACAUCCAGCCUCCGUGCUCCCUCCACCCUGCUGUGCCCUGUGCUGGGGGCCCUGGCCACACGGACUGCUGGUCCAGGCCCUUCCGGGAAGACCCACAGGACUCCCCUCUGCGGGCCCAGAGCCCCUCCCGGCAGCACGGCCUCCCUGCCCCUGCGGAUGGUCCCCUCCGGCCAUUAAAGGACAGUCUGAGAACA